AUGAAGCAUCUCAACAAAUCCUGGGAAGAGUUUCCCAAGUCCGGGCUCCCGAACACCUCCAGCUCCGGUGGAGAGAACUUCGAUGCCAGCACGAUUGUCAUCCCGUCCAUUUACGCCCUGGUCUGCUGCGUGGGCGCGCUGGGCAAUGCCAUGGUCAUCUAUGUCAUCCUCAAGUACGCCAAGAUGAAGACGGCCACCAACAUCUACAUCCUGAACCUGGCGGUGGCCGACGAGCUCUUCAUGCUGAGCGUUCCUUUCCUGGCUACCUCGGUUGCCCUGCACCACUGGCCCUUCGGGUCCCUCAUGUGCCGCCUGGUCCUGAGCGUCGAUGGCGUCAACAUGUUCACUAGCGUCUUCUGCCUGACCGUGCUGAGCGUGGAUCGCUACAUCGCGGUGGUCCAUCCCAUCAAGGCAGCGAGUUGCCGGAGACCGACAGUGGCCAAAAUCAUCAACGUCCUGGUCUGGGUGCUCUCCUUGCUGGUCAUCCUGCCCAUCGCUAUCUACGCGGACACUGUCCGCACCUCCGAGGGGACAGUGGUCUGCAAUCUGCUGUGGCCUGAGGCCUCUUGGUCCAAGGCCUUUGUGGUCUACACCUUCCUCCUGGGGUUCCUGCUGCCGGCCUUGGCCAUUUGCCUCUGCUACUGCCUCAUUGUGCUCAGGAUGAGGUCUGUGGCCCUCAAGGCAGGCUGGCUGCAGCGCAGGAGGUCCGAGAAGCGUAUCACCUGGAUGGUGAUGCUGGUGGUGGCCGCCUUCGCCGUCUGCUGGAUGCCCUUCUACGUUGUCCAGAUGGUCAACGUCUUCCUGUACCCGACGGACCCCACCCUCACCCAGCUCUUCAUCAUCCUCAGCUACGCCAACAGCAGUGCCAACCCCAUCCUGUACGCCUUCGUCUCGGACAACUUCAGGCGCUCCUUCCAGAGGAUCCUCUGCUUCCGCUGGUUCGACGCUGGCCUCAAGGAGCCUGUCGACUAUUGCGCCCUGGCCCUCAGGAGCAAGGUUUGCCAUGCCAAGGAGGACCAGCAAGACUGCCUGGGCUCUGAGAUGGCCUACCGGAAUGGGACCUACACCUCGAGGGUGACCACCUUAUAA